AUGGCAGCAACAGCGUCGACGUCCGCGGGCGCCUCGUCGUCGUCGCGCACGCUGGAACCCAACCAUGAACCCGGCACGGGAUCCUCGGCCGAGGCGUGGAGGCCGUUGUCGCGUGAUGGUGGCGGCGAGGAGGACGUGCUCGACCUGGACUCCCCGUGGGCGGCGGUGGCCGAGGCGGGAUCGAGGUUGGAGGAGGCGACGGCGGCGGGAGUUGGCCUUCGCGCUGAGGAGGCCGGGCAGGAUGAGAUACGAGACAACCUGCAGCGACAGGAGGACGAGCUGAUGGCGUUGGAAGCAAUAUAUGGGGAUGACCUAAUCGAAUUCGAAAGCAAAGCAGGGCUCCGCUAUUUCCAGAUUUACAUACGCUAUGAUUUGCAAGAUGGGCCCGAAGUAUGCGCCAAGUUUUCUUCAGAUAAUGAACAUGCAAGAGAUGGAUGUUGCCUUGAUGACAGUACAGAACAACACGAGGACGAACCGGAUAACUUCUCCUACUCUUGCAGCUUUGAGCACCUGCCCCCUUUGGUAUUGACAUGUGUGUUUCCCCAGUCAUAUCCUAGCAAAGAUCCCCCGCAUUUUGUUGUCACUGCUAAAUGGAUGGAUGGGCCUGAUGUUUCUCGACUCUGUGAGAUGCUUGACACCAUCUGGGCAGAGCUGCCGGGGCAAGAAGUGGUAUAUCCAUGGGUUGAGUGGAUACGUAGUUCUUCUUUGCCGCACCUCGGGUUUGAUCGCACAAUAACAUUAGGUCCAGAUGUUCCUACGCACAAAGGAGAUAACCGUGCGAUCUCGAGAAGUCUCUCGUUGGAGUCUGUAAUCCCUUCCAUGCUCAGUUACAGUAGUACGAAGUGCUAUCAAGUUUUUCUUGAGGAUCUCCAUAUGUGCAUGAUUUGCCUUAACCAGACUAAUGGUUCAAAUUUCAUCAGACUUCCGUGCGAGCACUUCUUUUGUGUCAAGUGCAUGGAGACAUUAUGCAAGAUGCAUGUGAAGGAAGGUACUCUGUUUCAGUUGAUAUGCCCUGAUACCAAGUGCACUGCUUUUAUUCCACCGUAUUUGUUAAAGAGGCUUCUCGGCGAGGAAGAGUUCGAACGCUGGGAUAGGCUUACUCUUGAGAAAGCAUUGGACUCGAUGUCAGACGUGGUUCAUUGUCCAAGAUGUGCAAUUGGUUGCUUGGAAGAUGAGGAUAACAAUGCGCAGUGUCCAAAAUGUUGCUUUGUCUUCUGCUCGUUGUGCAAGGAUUCUCGCCAUCCAGGGAAGCAGUGCCUAACUCUAGAAGAAAAGAUCCGGCAGCGACAGGCAGCUGGCAAGAUGAGCGCAAGAGAGAUGGUGGAGGAACUGAUGAGCAUCAAGGAGCUUUACAACGAUGCUAGGUCAUGUCCAAAAUGCAGAAUGACCAUCAGCAAAACCGAAGGUUGCAACAAGGUGGUGUGCAUCAGUUGUGGUCAGGCAUUCUGUUUCCUCUGCGGUAAGGCUAUCAUCGCUGGCUAUGCCCAUUUCAGUAGGAACUGUGACCUCUUUGCGGAGAAGGAAAAGGACACGAUGGACUGGCGGAAGCGCCUGGAACAACUCGAAACCGGAAACCGCAUGCGAGUUCAAAGCCAGCCGGUAGGCAGCACCGUGAAAUGCCCGAAAUGCCGUCAAAAGAUUUACAUGGGCGACGAUAAGUAUAUUUUCUGCUGGGUGUGCCAAGCCACCUAUUGCACGAUGUGCAGAAAGCAGGUCCAGUUUACCGGGAUGCAGAGCGAGCACUGGGGUUCACCGCAAUGCGUGGGGAUAAAGUUCUAG